AGGACGGUCGCGGCAUCCAACUGCUUAUGAUCUCUACGUCUCAAUUUUUUUUGCAGCUGUUGACCGGAAUUUCGCAUCACUGUUUUCUUCUAGAGACUUCUUCUAAAUUAUAACCACGCCAUGGGGGUAACCUGUACGACUCAUUAUUUUCCUCAGUCGCUUCAGGAAUCUGCCUCGUUGUCCUCAAAGCUCUACAAACCAUUUCCGAAGAAAAAACGCAGUACUCGCGGCGGUGUAAUUAUGCAAUUAACGGGGGAAGGACUAGCAAGUAGCAUCCCUCCACGACACAUCAACGACCUGAUCUCCUCAGUUCGAUAUCAUUAUCAAUACCAGUGUUCAUUUGCCGCCCAGGAUGACUCCGAACUUAUUUACGGAGUUGUGGUGGAGCCAACAUCUCACUUGGCUAAACAUCCGACCUAUACUUCGCGCACGUGCACAUGGGACUUGGCAUCCUCACCCUCGACGGCUAUUACCAAGUAUCAUUGCGCAUUAACUUCUGGUCCUUGGUCGAUCUCGCCGAAUGGGCAACAAUUGUGCUGCUUAGCCAUGAAACAGGGCGUACACGAAGAGGAAGAUCUUUUCUUGUCGAGGUACGACUCUACACCGCAGAAAUGUACUCCUUGUAACAUCCCAGGAAGUUUGUCGGAAUAUCGACGGAUUUAUCCCCAGGAAUGUCCGUACUCACACGAUGGGAACACGAUUGCUUCAAUUCGCGUUGUUGCUGGAGCUCUCCAAUUGGCAAUCACUGCUGCGCGUAACGGAAAGACCAUUUGUAGUGAAAGAGUCAGCAAAGUUUGCUUUGGUUUUCGUGGUGCUGUCGUUAAUUGCGCGUUCUCUCCAAACGACCGCCUUCUUGCAGUUACUUCCUCGUACGGACAAGUAUAUUUAUUGAACUCUACCAGGUUAACACGGGUGAACAGUUUAGAUUGUGUGUCUAUUCUGUCUCCCUACAAAGUUUCAGAACUUGCCAAUGGAAACCCGGAAGACUUCGUCACGUAUUCCGUUUGCGUGUUUGAUCCACGUUUCCCUUUCCAAGAGUUCGUCACUUGCGUCCUGUACGCUGGGAUAGUAAAGAUAUGGCAAAUGUCAUGUUGUGAUAAAAAAGAUUCAGAGAUUCAAAACAGACACACGCUAACCUUCAAAAAGCUAUUAAACGUGGUAAGGUAUUCUCCCAAUGGAACGAUUUUGGCGGUGGGAGGAAAAGAUGGGACCAUUUCUUGUAUAAAUGUUGAUGAUGGAACCGUGAGCUUUGUUCUUGAUGUCACACAACAGCCACUAGAAUUCCACAGUUCUGCAGAUGUUUUUCACGUGGCAUUCACGCAGAGUGGAGAGCAACUCGCUGCAAGUUACAGCGAUGGUUAUAUACGAAUUUGGCAACUGCCGAUAGUUUUUGAUUUGAAGUUGCUUUGUCGACUAGUGGUUAAUGCAUGCGUCCCACCCAACAAAGUUCUCCAGCUUCCACUACCUCUGAGACUUCAAAAAUUCCUUCUAAACAUAAAUUUUUAAUGGUUGUGGGGGAACGUCACACGUGGCGUGCGAACUAAUGAUCCCAUGAACACGCAAACCGCCUGAAGAGCGAGAAAACGUGAACGACUAUCUCACGAUUAGUAUAAAGUUUUGAUUGGUUGAGUAAGAUUGGUUGAAAGUAGCUAAGCUAACCAUACAAUUAAAAUCUGAAGAGCAACCUGCUUUUAAAAUAAAUAGAUACAGAAUCAGACAUGAAUGAAUUGUUAGCUGUCUCGAUCAUGUCCCCAUUCUAUAGAGUUGGGUCCCAGAUCAUCAUCAAAUAAUUAUCUUAAAUCUAUAAUUACAAGAAAUAAGCUCAGCGCAAAACCUUACGCAAGAGAACGCAAUUCCUCUCUCAUGCCACCAAGUUUGUUUCAGGAUGUAUUUUUUUGGUUAUUCGAAGUACACUCACUCCCUUAGUGUGAAGGGAGACAUCGAUAGAAACUUUUUAACACUAACUCCUACUGCUCAAGCUUUAUCAUUUCUUAAGGGAAACGUUUUGAAACUACCUUAGAGAAAGUUGCUAUGCAAC